UGUAUGAAAUAAUCUUGUUCAUGUAGGCAGAGAAUAGAAUAAUUUCCAUGACAGCCAGCCGUUCUGACUGGUGCAUUUCACGGCAGCGAACUUGGGGUGUUCCUAUCCCAGUCUUUUAUCAUGUUGACACAAAGGAACCAUUGAUUACAGAAGAGACAAUCUCACAUAUUAAGGCUAUAAUUUCCAAGAAAGGCAGUGAUGCAUGGUGGUACAUGUCAACUGAGGAGCUUCUCCCUGAAAAAUUUCGUAGCAGUGCACCAAAAUAUCAGAAGGGAACUGAUACAAUGGAUGUUUGGUUUGAUUCUGGAUCAUCUUGGGCUGCAGUCUUGGGGAAAAGAGAAGGCCUCAGUUUACCAGCAGACCUGUAUCUGGAAGGUACAGACCAACACCGGGGUUGGUUCCAGAGUUCCUUGCUUACAAGCAUUGCUACAACAGGCAAGCCUCCAUAUGCUUGUGUUGUCACACAUGGUUUUGUAUUAGAUGAGAAGGGCCUAAAAAUGAGCAAGUCUCUUGGUAAUGUCGUUGAUCCUGAAAUCAUCAUUUCAGGAGGGAAGAACAAGGAUGAGCCUAGCUAUGGAGCUGACGUUCUUCGCCUUUGGGUAUCUAGUGUGGAUUAUACUGGUGAUGUCCUGAUUGGUCCUCAGAUACUCCGUCAGAUGUCUGAUGUAUACAGAAAAUUUCGAGGAACACUUCGAUAUCUUCUAUCAAAUCUCCAUGAUUGGAAAUUGGCACAUGAUUGGGUUGCAAUUUACAUGGCACACUAUGAAUUCAUUACAACGCUCCCUUCCUGUAAAAAUACCUGGUUCACGAACACAAUGGUGUGCAAUUUCCUUGUCAUGAAUGUUUUGUAUGUGUUUUGUGAAAGGCUUGUGCAGCUUGUAGAUCCAGGAAAUUCCAUUUCUUAUGAUGCUCUCCCCAAGAUUGAUCAAUAUGCAUUAUACCAGCUUGAAAAUAUAGUAAAAAUCGUCAAGGAUAGUUAUGAUAAUUAUCAGUUCUACAAGAUAUUCCAGAUUCUUCAACGGUUUGCCAUUGUCGACCUUUCAAACUUCUACUUUGAUGUUGCCAAAGAUCGCCUAUACGUGGGAGGUUCAACUAGUUUUACAAGGAGAAGUUGCCAAACAGUUCUUGCAGCUCACUUGCUUUCGAUCAUUCAAAUGAUAGCUCCAAUAUUGCCACAUCUGGCUGAAGAUGCUUGGCAAAACCUUCCAUUUGAACAUGUAAUGGAUAAUGGUUCUAUAGCAAGAUAUGUUUUUGAUCUGAGGUGGUCUGAUCUAAAUGAAAGAUGGCUUUCAAUGCCAGCUUCAGAAGCAGAUUUCUGGGGUUCAAUUCUUGAGUUGAGAUCUGAGGUUAAUAAAGUUCUUGAGGUUGCUCGUGGAGGGAAACUGAUUGGUUCUAGCUUAGAAGCAAAGGUUUACAUCUAUACUUCUGACGCGGCUACUUCCUCCCAACUACAGGAAAUGUGUGGGGCAAUGCAUGAGGCAGAUUCUUUGCAUCGUAUAUUUAUAACAUCACAGGUUGAGGUUUUGGCUGGCCUUGAUGAGAUGGUUCAAACCGUCCAGUAUACUGGAUCCUACACCAUUCAGGCAAAUAUUGAGGUCUGGAUUGGCGUGUCUCGUGCUGAUGGCAUGAAAUGCGAGAGGUGCUGGAACUAUUCUCCUAAUGUUGGUAUGUUUUCUGAGCACCCUACCCUCUGUUCUCGCUGUAAUGCAGUGAUCGGUGACAGCCAACCACUUCAAGCUUCAGCUCAGGUUUGCUGAGAUCUUUAAAAGGUUAGAAGUGCUUUGAAUUCGUCAGCUUCUUUUUUCUGAUCCCAAUUAUUUAAAGUCGGUUUUAUUAGUCCCAUUCUUCAUGAAUUCUUGUUAAGGUAAAUUACUUUUAUUUGAUAAGAUUCUAAACUUAAUAAGCAUGUAAAAAUAAAAAAAAAUGAUAAGAUAAAUCAUAUUUAAUGGGAGAGAAAAGCAUUCAUGAGCUUUUAUUGUACUGUGAAUGUUUUAAUUGACUAAAUUAGGAAUUCUGAGCAUUCAAUUGCCUAUUAAUGGUUGUAAUGUCAAGCUGUUGAUUUUAUUGUAAGGGAUUUUGUUGAUGACUAAAUUAAUAAAACAUUUUGUUUUUUUUUACC